AUGGCACCACGAUCAAAAAAGUGGUUUGUGUUCGGUAUCGUUCUUGAUGAUUGUAAGUCUGCAGCAGGCGGUAUGCCUGAUGUCGCUGCCGAGAGACAAUGGGACCAGUACCUGGCAAGCCCAGGGCUGACGCAGUGUGCUGAGACGACCCACUCGAGGGGAAACGGAUGGUGUUGGUGUGACGACGUUGCGCAUAAGCUCCAGCUCACAUUCGAAAGGUGUUGCCAGGGAGGUCUGGAGUGCUGGUCCGUAGUCGAGAGGAACGGCCAUGCGCUGACUUCCGAGCACCGUGGUCGAUUCGCCGCCUUGAGGACCAGGGGGGCCCGGGAACGGCCAGAACUGGACUUCCCGGAGGGGGCCUGCCGACCGCGUUCCGAGCACGCGGGCAUCUUCUCCAUGGUGAAGUGCUGCGACCGCACCGCCCACACGGCAAACUUCUUCGGCUUCGCGAACCCGACCGUCCACAGGUACUCUCAGGAGCAGGGGGGGACGUGGACGGCGCAGACGAUGGAUUUCUUGGGGCCUCGCCUGAGCUUGCCGCAGGUCCCGUUCGAACUCUGGGCGCUCGUGCACGACAGCGCAGAGCCGCCGCGGCAGGUAGCGUGGGAGCUCGCGCAUUUCGAGAGGCACAGGGAGGAAUUCACCGAGGCGUUCGAGGCGAGGCGGGCGAUCCAUCGGCGCGGCUGGAUGCCCUGCUCCGUGCCUUUCGAGAGGUUUGGCCCGCAGGUGGUUCUCGACAAUGCCGAGUUGGUGCGGCGCCUCUACUCCGCGCUGGGCAGCAGCGCGGCUGCCAGCUUCAUCAACGUCGGCGCCAACGACGGGAUCUCGGACGAUCCGCUGGGCAAUUUGCUUCAGUUCUUGCCCCAGGCGCGAGCCGCGGCAGUGGAGGGGGACUCGUCUCUGUGCGAGAAGCACCGGGCCAAUUUGCCUCACGUGCAUUUGUGGUGCGGCUUCAUCACGCCAGAGAAUAUCUGGGCCGCCGUCGACCGCUGGCUGCCAUCGUGGUCUGAGGUCGAGCAGUCAGACGGACUGGUCCAGGUGGACUUCCUGAAAGUAGACAUCGACAGUUAUGACUGUGAGGUGGUUGAAGCCUUCCUCUCGGGGACCCGCAGCGCCCGCCUACGCAGAAUCUUGAGGCUGCAGCCCAAGAUCAUCCUCAUGGAGGUCAACGACGGAUUCCCGCCCCCCGUUCAGUAUUCGCUGUUGUUCGAUCGAAGCUUGGUAAACACGAGCCUCGAGUCGCACGUCAACUGCUCUGGUAACAUCCCGUUGGCGGGGUGUUCCUUGAGCUAUCAAGUGGUGCAUUUCUACCCAUUUGGGUACCGGCUCAUUAUGUACGGCUCGGGGCAGGCAACGUUCGCCCAUCUCUCCGUCCUCGAGGCCAUCAAGUCAGCUGGACUGGAAGGGCCCCUCGACGAGUUCGACUGCUAUUGGAGCACCCUUCUGGUCGGGCAGUGUGUCAGUGGGCGGCAGAUCCGGCGCUGGUCCCACGAGAUAGGUGGGCCCGCAGGCACGGAGCAGAUCUUGGCAGAGGUCCGCGGGCAUCUCCUGGAGACGGAGCGGCGCUUCUCGCUGCCAAGGAUGCGGAUGGCCUUGGAGGUGUGA